CACCAAAGCGAGAGUCAAAGGUGAAUUCGUGUCUACCUAUUCAUAAUCCUAGAUUAUUUUAGUUUUCAUAGGUCCUAUAGGACAGUUUCUGCUAAGGAGGAAAAUCUUAGUGUCGGUCUAACGAAAGACAUACGAAAAAAGGAAGAGCGUACUGUUUACUGAAAUUCUAGAUACAGACACAUUACCUAAACCAGCUAAAUAAUGGAAUCGGUGGAUAAUGUAGAAAAAAAUAGAUUGAGGGAAUCAUCUACUACCACUGAAUUAGAAUCUACUCCAAAAAUAUCAGCUGAAGAUGCCGUUGAUUCUUCGGCAACCGGUGGAUUAAAAAGAAAACGUCUACCGAAUGACAGAGUUGGCAUGCUGAAAGAUGAGAUUCAGGAAAAUCCUCAUAACCUUUCUGCUUGGUAUGCAUUAGUAGAGGAGUACGGUUCGAAGGGAAAGCAUGAAGAACUCCGAGAAACGUAUGAACAAAUGUUACGUCCAUUUCCUUAUGUUCCUCGCGUGUGGGUAGAUUAUAUAAAUGCUGAACUUGCCUUCAAUGAUUUCAGAGCUGUUGAAGUUUUGUUUAGUCGUUGUUUGGUGAAAGUUCUAUCGGUAGAUUUAUGGACACUCUAUCUAAGUUAUGUUCGACGUAUAAAUCCUGAAGGUGAAGGUCAAUCAAGGUCGACUAUUACACAAGCUUACGAAUUUUCUUUAAAUACAAUUGGAAUGGAUUUACAGAGUGGUCCUAUUUGGUCAGACUUCAUCGAUUUUCUUCGUUCUGGACCUGCAGCAUCAACGUGGGAGCAACAACAAAAAUUAGACGCAGUUAGACGUACUUAUCAACGUGCAGUCUCUACUCCUAUAUACAAUAUUGAAAAAUUAUGGAGAGAUUAUGAUGCAUUUGAGAAUAGUAUUAACCGGGCUACAGCUAGAAAGUUUGUAGCAGAGAAAUCUCCUGCAUAUAUGUCUGCUAGAGCUGCCAUGCGCGAGCUAUCAAAUAUGACUAACGGAUUACGAGUUCUUGAUUUUACAUUCGAACGAAAGCGUAACAGCGCCGAAAAGUCUGCAUAUGUUCGUUGGAUGAAAUGGAUCGAAUGGGAAAAGAAUGAUCCUUUAGAUUUGCUUCAUGGUACAACUUUACAAGGAAGAAUUUCCUAUGCUUAUGAACAAGCCAUGCUUUAUAUCCCUCUGUGUCCUCAAAUUUGGUUGGAUGCUUUCUCUUAUUUUUUGAAUAUUCCAGAUGAGCAACGUGCAUUGCAAAUAAUAAAACGUGGUAUGCGUUAUUGCCCUUCAAGCUUUGUGGUACAUGUCCGUUAUGCAGAACACGAAGAAGCCAACGGUCGGACUUCAGAUAUCAGGGUAAUCUACGAGUCUUUAAUUGCUGCUUUAUCCAGAGAAAUUGUUCUAGUGGAAAAAGAAUCCGUACCUGAAAGUAUCCAGGGCUCUGAAGAUAAGCAGGAAGAAAGUAAACCAACUGGAAUCUUACUAAGAUUGGAAAAGCGUAAGAAAAAGUUAGUCAGAGAGUACAGUCUUGCAUGGUGUUGUUUAAUGAAUGCUGUUCGUAGGACGGAAGGAAUUAAGUCUGCAAGAUCUGUAUUCACAAAAGCAAGGAAAGCACCACACCAGUCUCAUGAGAUUUAUAUAGCAAGUGCACUGAUGGAGCAUCACUGUUCUAAGGAUAGCACAAUUGCUUCAAAAAUAUUCGAACUUGGUUUAAGACACUUUAGUGAUCUACCAGAAUAUGUAUAUAAAUAUUUAUGUUACUUGAUUUCAAUCAAUGACGAAACCAAUGCUCGUGCACUUUUUGAAAAGGCAAUUUCAAAAAUGGAUGCCAUUGAAGCGAAGCCUAUUUAUCAAAGAUGGCUUGAUUAUGAAAGUAGAUAUGGCGAUUUGAACGCUGCUAUUAGCUUAAGCCAAAGGAUGGCAUUAGUAUAUCCUCAGGAGUCUACUCAAAGUAUCUUUCUAUCACGUUAUGGCUUAGAAGUAGAACGCGAGGAAGAUGAAUUCGAUGCAGAUAUCUAUGACUUGCGAACAGCUAAUGCAAAUUCUCAAAAUAAGGACGAUGACUCUGCUUCGGAAACCUCAGACUCUUCAAAAAGUAAUGUAGAAAUGGAAGAUACUCGGUUGCUGCCUGCUUCAUUAGAAGCCGCACCUGCCCAUCCUCCUCCUAUUUCUGCACAAGCACCAACGGCACCUGUCCCAUUACCCCCUAUCAUAACAGAACUACUAGACGAGUUACCAGCUGCUCAGACGAUUACCGAAGCCCCUAUUCAUCCUGUGAAACUAAUGGAUUAUGUUGUCAAAUCAGAUGUCCCCUUUAUUCGUCUUAGAAACGCAAACACGCAUCUGAAAAAGGCACGUUACAAUUGAAAGACAAUAUAAAAAAAAUUUAUUUUGGAGCUUAAUGGUUAUACUUAAUGAAAAUAUUUUGGUUCUUUGAAAGUUUUUAAGUGUGUAAUUAUGAUCUCGAAUAACUAAGGCUAUUUUGCUAGAAUACGAACAUAUCGUUUAUAC